ACCGCUCAGCUCCACUAAUCAUGGAUUAGCCACAACCGACUGCAGUCUGCAGCGCUGGGAGGGAGAGCUAGUCACUGCCAUUCACUACUCACAUUCUCAGUCUUUUAUUAUUAGCUCGCUUGGAUCCAGCAGCAGGGAUUUUUUCUUUCUUUCUUUCUCUCUCUCACAGCAGCAGCGACUUUUUGCAUUGCGCAUCCGAGCAGGCUGCGCGCAUCGAGAGAUCUCAGGUAAAGGUGCGAGGAGGGGGGGAACCAAUGCAGAGAGGAGCUACCGAUUCAGGGAAGGGUCCGCAGGUAUAGGACUCCGUUCGAUGGCCCUUUAAUUUAAACCCACUGUAUAGUAAAACGCGGCUUCGUCGAGGCGCUCCUUCGUUUCACCCCCCCCCCCCAAAAAAAAACCCCCCCGAUAUGUUCAAGACGGCCAAUUACCCGACGGUGGAUCCUGCGCCCACCAUCAUGCACGGCACUUGGUUUGCCACGGGGUGCCGAGAAAACACGCCCGUGGCGGUGGAGAAGCCCAAGAAAAAGGCGUUCAGCCUGGUGAAGAUCAUGUCUCUGAGCAGCAAGAAGGCGCACGGUCCGCACCCGCACCACAACAACAACAUGCCGUUCACCAUCCACUGUCACAUCGGGAAGGAGAUCAAACACAUAUGCAGCAACUGCAGCCGCGGAAACGACACGCAGGACGCUGAGGAGGUAGAGAGGCUGGCCGCCAUGCGCUCCGAGUCCUUGCUCUCUGGCACACACACUCCACCCAUCCGACGGCGGAGCAAGUUUGCCACUCUGGGGCGGCUCCUCAAGCCCUGGAAGUGGAGGAAGAAGAAGAGCGAGAAGUUCAAGCAGACCUCUGCAGCGUUGGAGAGGAAGAUGUCAGUUCGGCAGAGCCGAGAUGAACUCAUCAAGCGGGGAGUGCUGAAGGAGAUCUUUGAAAAAGCCACAGUUGAAUUCCGAUCUUCGAUGGACAGCGGCGUCUGCACUCAGGAGCCCCCCGUGAAAUCAUCCAUGGUUCUGCCCACCAAGAAAUGCGUCACCUUCCCAAGUGACCAUCAGGACACCCCCGCCAAGCCGCCGCUGUACCACAAACAGCCCCCCGCUCUCCCCCCAAAGCCUUUCUCUAGGAUCCCAAACCAUAGCACAGAUUCUUGCCAGCCGAUGAAGCUGCCCUGCAUGCCCGGGGGGAAGCACUCUCCACCUCUUCCUCCCAAGAAGGUGAUGAUCUGCGUUCCUCCGGGAGGGCUGGACUCCUCCUCGUCCCCGUCCCCGUCCCCCAACCCGCUCGGCGCCCUCUCGCAGAAGUGCGCCCCCCCUCAGGGCAUGCCGCCCCACCACGGCGCCACCUUGCUGCCCUCUCAGCUGGCCGGCUUAUCCGCCCUCCACCAGAGCCACGGCCACCCGCUGCAGCUCCAGUACGGCAGCUUACACGCUCCCAGCCGGAUCAUCGAGGAGCUCAAUAAAACCCUGGCUCUCUCCAUGCAGCGGUUUGAGAGCUCCGCUCUGCACGGCGGCGGUCAGUGCGUUCCUCUGGACCGGAGAGAAGUGCCGUCCGUGAUCAUCGACUACGAGGACGACAAGGAGAACAUGCCCAACGAGUCCGACUACGAGGAUCUGCCCAGCAUGUACAAAGACGAGGACGACGACGUGGAUGACGAAGAGGACGACGACGAAGACGACGACUCCAUAUUCACGAGUACCUUGGCUCAGAAGGUGCUAAGAAAAGACUCUCUGGCUAUCAAGCUGAGCAAUCGUCCAUCCAAAAGAGAGCUGGAAGAGAAAAACAUCAUUCCAAUGCAGACAGACGAAGAGAGGCUGGAGUCUCGGCAGCAGAUCGGCACUAAGCUCACCAGGCGCUUGAGUCAGAGGCCCACGGCGGAGGAGCUAGAGCAAAGAAACAUCCUAAAACCUCGCAAUGAGCAGGAAGAAAUGGAGGAGAAGAGGGAGAUAAAGCGACGGCUAACGCGAAAGCUGAGCCAGAGGCCCACGGUGGAGGAGCUGCGACAGGCCAAAAUCCUCAUCCGAUUCAGCGACUAUGUGGAGGUGUCCGACGCCCAGGACUACGACAGGCGAGCAGAUAAACCCUGGACCCGGCUCACCGCGGCGGACAAGGCAGCUAUACGGAAGGAACUCAACGAUUUCAAGAGCAAUGAGAUGGAAGUGCACGAGUCCAGUCGCCAUUUAACCAGGUUUCACAGACCGUAGUAGACCACCACUGUCUGGAGCGGUGCCGGACAGGUGCGCUCCCCCCCACUGAGAACCUUAAGUGCUGGACAGUAAAAUGGUGCCCGUUUCUACAAUAAGGCCAUGUCUUCUGAAAUGCCUUUUUCAAGACCCAAACCCCCGAGUCGGUACUUCGCCACCGGACGCAGACGAGCCCCACCGCUCCAUCCGAUGUAGUAGCACACAGUGACUCCGGCUGAUACGCAUUGCCCCUCCCACCUCCCCCCUCCCAUGGAAUAUUCCUCUUCAGACGCUCUGCCGGGCUCUCAGGCGGAUGCUCGGCUCUGCGGCCACCGAACGGCGGGCGAGUUCUCCUUUUCCGACCGAUUAACACCUGCGACGUCUCGCCGAGGGGCGACUGCACCCCGGUUCAUCGAUCAGCGCCAGUGAACUUGUCUCAGUGGACAUGUUUUUAUCUCCUCUCUAUGAUGCUGUCCCUCCAGACUCCUUUAACCCCUUAUGAACAACUCUAUGCGAGGAUGCAGGGUCGAUUGCUCUCAGUUCACCACAUAAGCAGACGCUCCAUCUUUACUGAACCUGCUCAGACUCUGGAAGUGGCGCCGAAAGACACGCGGGCAGAGAAAGGAUGCAUCCAACUUUAGAAUCAUGUGCAAUAUUUUCUUUCCUUCUGCUUCUCUUAGACUAUAGCACUCCCUGGAGUUCCCUUUGUGUCAUUGCUAUGUAGUCCCGACUUCUUUCUUCAUUAUGUGCAAUUCUUACCGUACCGACAAUGCUGACAUCUAAUUGCUAACUGUGAAUCGAGAGUUAGGGUAACGUCUUCACUCUCUUACAAUGUACAUUUUGUUUAUAUACAAAAGAAGGAAAAAAAAAAUCCAUUUAAAGAAGAAUCAUGCUUAUCCAGCUUUUAUUCUCGUCACAGUCUUAUGGAUUUAAUGUUACAGUCGCAGCUGGAAGUUCAAUCGCGGUUCCGGCGUGCACAGUCUGUUUUAUAUUUCUGUUGGUUUUUAAGAGGCACGUAGGUCAUGAACUCUUAAUUCUUGUUUACUCAUCUCAGUGCUUUGAAUUAUGUGAUUUUUGAAAGUGAAUAUCAAGCGAUGACUCACCACAUGAUCUUUUCGUUUGUCUGUUUGCAGCAGUACGUUAAAUGAUGUCUGCUCAUAAUGUGCAUUUGUAUUAUACACUUUACUUUUAUACUUGUCAUUCAAGCUUUUGACAAAGCAAUAUCCGUUGUUUGUAGAGAAAAGGUUAAACUGCAGGUGUACCCCCACCAUUGUUUUUUACUGUGCAUAUACACUAUGCCAACACUUCAGGGUUUUAAGUUUUCUUUUAUACAUGACUUUAGAAAAGAUUUUAUUCUGGAAAACAGCUCAAUUUUCUUGAGUGAGCCACCCAAAAAAUACAAAAUCUGCCUCUCUGACAGCUUUACCAGCACUUUCAGAUGAGCUUUGAUUAAACCAACACUCAAAUGGAUUCAUCUUAUCCAAUCCAGGAGGCGAAAGCUGAUUUUAUUGUAUUCACUAAGUUAGCACUUUUAAAAUAUUUUUAAGUAUCUGGAUUCUUUGCACUGUUAAAGAGUUUGGCUUUAGGAUGGUCACCGUUUGGAGGUUUGGGUCCAAAUGUGUAAAUUGCUCUUGGAUUUCUGAGCCGUAACCCGUUUGUCUCGUUCUGUUGACAGUCUUGUUACCUCAUCCUGCAAAAGUAUUUCAACACUCACGAGCUUUAUGUGCACAGAGUAUUUUUUAUUAUUUUUACUGUGUUACUUUUGAAGUUGCGAUCUUUUUUCUUUUUUUUUUUUUGUCAGAUAAAGAAGAAAUGUAGUCGAAGUAAAAGGCUGCUGGCUUGUUCCACUGUAAAGCAUCUGUCCGCAGAACAACACAUGCUCCCCCUUUAGAUUGAAGUAGUGGUCUGUGAUCGAUGACGCAGUGAAAAUGAGGAUUAAAAACAAAAAUUUAUUUUGCAUGGUAUGGCUUGAAUGUGAGAUAAUAGGGGUUUUGAUCAGUUAUCAGAAUCACUAAAUGGGUAAUUAGUUUGGCACCUUGCCUUUUAAUUAAAAUGUCACUGGGUUAUCGCGUCACAAAGGCUUUGAAAUAUGAAGUUUUGUUGUUUGGAUUCAGCUUCUGUGUGAUUGUUUAAUUUUUGAUCCACAGGUUCUGUACAAUAGAGCAUUAAAAGGAAAGACUUCAAACAAAAACAAAUACAAUCCUGUUGCCAGCUCUUCGGUAGCAACCGGAGCCACUGGACUGAGCACGAGGUUUUUGUUUUUUUGGGCUUUUUUUAAUUGUUUUUGCUGGAGUCAAGGAACAUGAAUUCAGCAAUAAUCAGUUUCCUUUUACAUAUGGAACGAGCAACUGAACACAUCUGAAGUGGACCUUUUAUUUAUUUUUUUUUUCUUUUGACAUACAGAAUACCAUGUAAAGGAUACAUCAUGCCAAUUAAAUCCCAUUUCUGAAUGCA